UUACUAGGAUCAUUUUCAGUUCCAGUCUAGUUCGAAGUAUCUUCACACGUGUCCUAAAACUCCUGCCAAGAAAGUUUUAGAAAAACAUUUGUGUGGUCAGUGGUAUGGUAUUGUGAUUACUGGAAGCCUAAAAACUGCAUGCAGAAUGGUUCAUUGUAAGUGUAGAAAUGGUAUCUACCCACGAACUGUAGGACAGGAAGGGAAAAGAUUACCCUGUUCCAGUUGAGAAAGUUCACUGGUCAGUUGAUUGGGAUGAUUAUGAUCCACCACAGUACUCGAUGAAAGGUUUGACCUCUAUGUCAUGGGCUGAUCCCAACAUUGGAGACCCAGGGUUUAAACCUAAAUGGAACUUAUUAGAUGGCAAGGUCAAUCGGAAGAGUCACCAGGGAGAAUACCACAUUGUUAAUGGCUAUCCCAUAAAUCCUCAGGGAAGAACAGGAUUGCAAGGGCGAGGUUGUUUGGGUCGCUGGGGACCCAAUCAUGCAGCUGAUCCAGUUGUGACCAGAUGGAAGAGGAAUGACAAAGGUAAUAUUAUCAAAAAUCCUUCAUCUGGACUCCCUGUUCUGCAGUUUGUUUCAAUACAGCGAAAGGACUCAGGAGAGUGGGCAAUCCCUGGUGGUAUGGUUGAUCCAGGUGAACUUGUUUCUGUCACACUGAAGAGAGAAUUCUUUGAAGAGGCUUUAAAUUCCCUGUCUAUGUCAGAUGAGGAGAAAGCACAACAGGAAUCUGAGUUGGAGCACUUCUUCAAUAAUGGAAAAGAGAUCUACAGAGGCUAUGUUGACGACCCUCGCAACACUGAUAAUGCAUGGAUGGAGACAGUGGUUUUUAAUUUUCAUGAUGAAACUGGAGAUAUUGUCGGAAAGUUUCCUCUUCAAGCAGGAGAUGAUGCGGCUAAAGUUCACUGGACCGACAUCUCUCAAGACUUGCAGUUGUAUGCUAGUCAUUCAGAUUUCUUACGUGCUGUUGGAGAAUUCCACAAAGCACAUUGGUGAGGAGUUCUGUUCAUUUGAGAGAGAAAUAUCCAUUUUAACCUAGUGCAACUUCAGUAGCUGUUAGAAGUAUAUUUCCUAUAUAAACAAGUUUUUUUAUUUGUCAAUUACAUAAUGUUAUAAAAUAUAUUUACAUUUUACUACACUGAAAAUGAUCAAAUUCUUAGAGGUAAAAAAGAUUGAGAACACUUUGCUACUUGAAGUUGAUAAUUUAAUGCAUCUAUCUUUUAGUUAUAGUACUUUCCUGUCAUCUGAAGUUUUGAGCCCUGGUAACUGCUGACUCUAUUGUCAAUGUGAUCACUUUUGUGUAAAUGUGUUUACAUUUAUAAUAUAACUUGAGUUUAACAUGAAACAUAUCAUGAUUGAUGCACAUGUUGUCAGCAGUGUUAAAAGUGCUAAUGUGCUGACUCAACAAUGGUCACUUGUAUUAAAAUCACUGGUACAAUUUAGGUUAUGUUAUGAGAAUUGUAAAAGUUGUAAGAUGUGGACAGCAUUCAGCAGUGUUUAAUCCAAUAAUAGUCAUUUUUGUUAAUCAUUAACCCAACUGAGGUCAUGAUAAUUAUAAUACUAGACUGGUGCAGAUGAGGUAAGUUGUGUUAAAAGUGCUAAUAUAACAGCAGAUAAUAAAAUUAAAAUCAUUGGUUAAAGUGAAAAAACUAAAAUUGAUUGUUGAUACUAAAAGUAUUGACAACAAUCUCAAGAAGUUAAAUGGGAGGAUAUGACUACCAUUCUGUAAGGUGUGAAUAAUACUGUGGUCAGUAGUUGCUAUCUGUAUUACAACAUCUGAUAGAAUUUUUGUAGUUUUAAAUGCACUUGCACAAUAGUAAAAUCAGAAUUAAGAUAUUUUGGAAAGAGUAUUUUAUUAUUUGUGAUCCAGAAAACCAUUUAAGAAGUGUAUUUGUCUUAAAGUGGCUCCCCUUAAACUUGGAGGGAGGGUAAAGCAAAUUUAAGUAGACUAACUCUUAAUAUCCUUUUGUAAAUAGGGUGAUUCAACUUACAAUCAAGUAAUGAUUGCUUUUGAGGGAUGUAAAUGGUGUCUCUUUUGUCAUUGCAAUUGAGCAUUGUUUUUUUGUAUCUGUUAAAAAUAGUCUUUUAUCAGUCACUGUCACAGGAAACUGAGUACCCAAUAAAACCUUUUGUUGAAUUAC